UGACAACGAGCCGUCAGCGAUCAGCGCCUGUCGGUUCCUUGAAUAUUGUUAUCCAAGAGCAUAGGAAAUUCUAGAAGGAUUUGAUGAAUUAUGGCGACUCGUCAAUGUGAACCAAAGAACAUUUUCCUCUUGCAUCUAUGGUCAUUUUAUUGCGCCUGCGUCAGCAUCGUUUCUAAGGUCGUGCUCGCAAACGUCUACGAUUCCUCACGACCGGGCAAGGUCGUUGAAGCCAAGGAGAAAGAAGUCGAGAUCAAAGAUGGCAGUGUAGCCAUUAGGAUCAUCCAUGGUGGGCUUUGCGGAGCGGACUGUGAGUCCAUUCACGCUUGCCCAUCGGGUAUAAAAUUGUCUGACCCGUGCAAAUGACGUCGUACGACAGGGUGCAAUUCCUCUAGGAAGAUGAUAUGGUCCUCGGCCACGAGCCUGUAGGUGUCGUCGAGCAAGUUGCCCCAAAGCUUACGAGUGUCAAGGUCGGCGACCGCGUAGGCUGGGGUUACAUCCAAGAC